AUGUUUGGUCCUAUCAUUGAUGUACUUGAUGCUAUUGUUGUUAAUGCCCGUUUUGAAGAAAAGUGUAGGGCAAAGGGAUAUCUUAAAGCAUGUUUAACAUUUGAGGUUGUCUUCACGUUGCACUUCAUGUGCAAUGUUUUAGCAAUCACAAAUGAGCUUAAUGCAGCUUUUCAAAAGAAAGAGCAAGACAUUGCAAAUGCCAUGCUACUUGUUGGAGUGGCAAAGAAAUUGCAAAACGAAGAGAAGAAGGCCAGUUGUAUCGAUGAUUUUGAUAAACAUGCUAGGAUUGACCUCGUUUUCGAACUUGAGAAUUAUAUUGUUGAUGUCCGUGAUCAUGAUAAAAGUAUAUUCUCUAUGUCGAUUAAACUUGAUUCCAUUUUUGCUUCAUUGAAGCAAGAAAAUGUUCCACAUCGAGAAGAGGUGAAAAAAGAACAAGUAGCAGCAUGCUUGAAAGAGGAAUAUUGUGUUGGUAGAAGGAAGAAAAGAACUGAAGAAAUAGUUAUUUCAGGCUUGAUAGAUGUGAUAUUUUCUUGGUCUUUCGCUGAUGUCCUUAGCAAAAAUCUUUUCAAAGACGAGGGUCUAAUUAAUGUUUGUGGAGUCUUGAAGAAUAAUUACCUUCAAAUAAUUAUCUUUAAGGAAUAUUCUCUGACUAAUAACCUCAGCAAGUGCUUGAUUUAUUUGCAUGUAUGGAAGUGCUUAAUUAAUGUGGAGUUGUGCUCUAGUCCUAUUAAUACUUGUCAGGUUAAACAAAUUCCAGAGACAUUCUUGUCAACUGAUCAUUACUUCAAGUCAUUCGUCAGUCCACUAAUAGAAGAAACACAUGCUGAUUUGCUCUCAGGCUUGACAAAUGCUUCUCAAUCCCCUGCACUUGAGGAUGAGGAGAAUUGCGCUCUUUGCUCCUUCAAUGAAACAAAAAUUAGUGCCAUAUCAAAUCAUAGGACAACCAUUGACUCCUUUGGUCUAGAUGAUGCGCAACGAGAGGCUGUUAUAAGUUGCAUUGCUGCAAGAGAGUGUGGUCACCAGAAUGCUGUUAAGCUAAUUUGGGGUCCUCCUGGAACUGGAAAAACAAAAGCAGUUGCUUCCUUACUUUAUCUCCUGUUUAACAUGAAAUGCAGAACUUUGACUUGUGCUCCCACCAACAUUGCUGUGUUGGGAAUUAUAAAGAGGGUGAUGCAACUAGUGCAGGAUGGUCUGGAAUAUGACACUUAUGGGUUAGGAGACAUAGUUUUAUUUGGUAAUAGAAAAAGAAUGGGGAUUGAUGAUCAUGAAGAUCUGUUCGAUGUAUUUCUUGAUAACCGACUUGCUGCUAUUGCGAGCUCUCUGUCUCCUGAUCAGGGGUGGAAAAAUCGUAUACAGUCCAUGAUAUCUUUGCUUGAAGAUCCUGAAGAGCAAUACCGUGAAUACUUGGUAAAAGAAAAUAAGGAACAUGGCAUGAAUGAUGUUGCAAAGGAAGAGCAAGGAACGAUAAGUAUAAAUAAUCAAGGACUAGAUGAGAAUAGGAAGAGUAAGUUGCGGAAAACAUUCGUCAUUCAGACUUUAAAAGAUAAUGAGAAGAAGAUAUCAAAUGAUGAUAAAAGUUUGAGAUCGGUUGGCAAAGCGAACAAGGUCAUUUCGAAUGAGGGGGAGGCAAGAAACAAGAAACAAGUCCGUAGUUUUACAUUUGAGGAGUUUGUUAUAAGUCAAUUCAAAAUGAUCCAUGAGCAGUUGACAUUUUGUCUAACGAGCUUGUACACUUAUCUGCCUACUUCUUUCAUUCCACUAGAAGUAGCUAAAGAUAUGAUCAGAGUUCUUGAGAUGCUUCAAACUCUUGGAACACUGUUCCGUACUGGGAAUAAUGGGAGACAUUUGGCGAAUACAUGUGCAACUAAAACAGAAAGCAUCAAAGUAUUGAAAUCUCUUAGUGAGAGAAUCUCUCUUCCAAAUAUCACUGAUUUUCGAGGUUUUUGUCUGAAAGGUGCAUGUCUGAUUUUCUGCACUGCUUCUAGCUCAUCGAAAUUGUACACAGAAGGAAUGACGCCUCUGGAGAUGUUGGUAAUUGAUGAAGCAGCUCAGCUGAAGGAAUGUGAGACCACUAUUCCCCUACAGCUCCCAGGUCUCCGUAAUGCCAUACUCAUUGGGGAUGAGAAACAGUUGCCUGCAAUGGUUCACAGCAAGAUCUGUGAGAAGGCUGACUUUGGAAGGAGCUUAUUUGAGAGGCUGGUAAUUGUGGGGCACAAGAAGCACCUUCUUAAUGUUCAGUAUAGAAUGCAUCCUGCAAUAAGUUUGUUUCCAAACAGAGAGUUCUAUGAAAAUAAAAUUAUGGAUGGUCCGAAUGUUCAAAAAGCAAUGUAUGAGAAGAGAUUUCUUAAAGGAAAUUUUUUUGGCUCCUAUUCUUUUAUUAACAUAAGCAAUGGAAAAGAGCAGUAUGAUAACAAACACAGUACUAGAAAUAUGGCAGAAGUUUAUGUCAUAGCUGAGAUCGUUGCCAACCUUUAUAAAGAUUCUGUUACUUCAAGGAGAAAGAUUUCUGUCGGUUGUAUAUCUCCUUACAAGGCUCAAGUUUCUGCGAUUCAACAAAAACUUGGGCAGAAAUAUCGCACAGAUGUCAACAGUCACUUCUCAGUGAAUGUACGAUCUAUUGAUGGUUUUCAAGGCAGUGAAGAAGAUGUGAUUAUUAUCUCCACUGUUCGUAGUAAUGGAAGUGGAUUAGUGGGAUUCCUUUCUAGUUAUCAGAGAGCAAAUGUAGCACUGACUCGAGCAAGAUUCUGCCUUUGGGUAUUAGGGAAUGCCACAACUUUGGUGAAGAGUGGUUCCAUUUGGAAGCAAUUAGUCAUCGACUCCAAGGCUCGGGGUUGUUUCUUUGAUGCUAAUGAAGACAAAAGUUUGACUCAAGCAAUUUUGAGUGCUACCAUUGAGGUUGGACAGAUUGAAACAUUACUCAGCAUGGACUCCCCUAUAUUCAGAACAGCCAAGUGGAAGGUUCUCUUUAGUGAGGAUUUCUCAAAAUCCAUUGCCAGAAUUAAAGAUGCAGAGAUCCGUAAAGAAGUGAUCUCCCUUUUGGAGAAGCUUUCAAGUGGUUGGCGCAAGCCAGGAAAGCACAGCUUAUUCGGAAACAGGGGCGGGAAUUCAUCUGAACUAUUGGAGAUCUACAGUGUUAAGCACCUAAAAUUAAUUUGGAGUGUAGAUAUUUUGCUAGAGAACUUGACAAACUUUCAAGUGUUAAAAUUCUGGGACAUGUUACCAGGACAUCAGAUAUCAAAAUUGGCAAAGGUCCUUGACAUCCGUUUCGGUAAUUAUACCAUCGAUAUGUUGAAUUGCUGCAAAUGCAAGCUUGUGGAGCGAAAUUUAACACUUCCAAUGACUUGGCCAAGUGAUGGAAAUGAUGAUUCAAGAAAGAACUCCGCUCAAAGUGACCUUGAGAAGAACUUGGCACAUCAACUGGCACCAAGUUUCAGAAAAAUGCAAGUUGUCUCAGAUAGCUGUAGUGUAAAGUUAAUAGAGGAAAUUGAAGAUUCUUACCAGAUGAAGAUUCGAUGUCCCUGUGGAAGCUCAUCACGAAGUGAAACAAUGAUUCAGUGUGAAGAUGGAAGAUGCCGCACAUGGCAACAUGUGAAUUGUGUCAUUAUUCCCAUCGAGGGGGCUGCUCCGCCAAAUCCUCCUGAAACUUUUUAUUGCGAAUUGUGCAGAUUGAGUCGUGCGGACCCGUUCUGGGAGAUGAUAGAAAACCCUUUAUAUCCGGUGAAGUUGGUUUUUACUAGUGUUCCAGCAGAUGGCACAAACAUUGUAGAGAGGAUUGAGAAAACAUUCCAACUCAGUAGAGCCAGAAGAUACUUACUGGCAAAACAGGAAUACGAUCUUCAGGCUUGGUGCAUGCUUCUGAACGACAAGGUACAAUUUAGGAUGCAGUGGCCUCAGAAUGCUGAUUUGCAGGUCAACGGGUUUCCAGUGCAUUGCAUAGAUAGACCUAGCUCACAAUUGUUGGGUGCAAACAGCCGAGAUGAUGGUGCAAUAAUCACAAGAUGCUUCAGAGACGGAAUGAACAAGAUUUUAUUAACAGGAUGCGAUGCUCGUGUCUUUUGCUUAGGAGUUAGACUUGUAAAGCGACGUACUAUCCAACAGAUUCUAAACAUGAUACCUAAGGAGCCUGAUGGUGAGAUAUUUGAAGAUGCUCUUGCUCGUGUUCGUCGUUGUGUUGGUGGUCGGACAGCAACUGAAAAUGCUGACAGUGACGAUUGUGACCUCGAAGCUGUGGUUGCUGAUUUUGUUCCUGUCAAUCUUCGAUGCCCUCUGAGUGGUUCAAGAAUGAACAUUGCCGGAAGAUUUAAGCCUUGCGUACAUAUGGGCUGCUUUGAUCUUCAAGUCUUUGUUGAAAUGAAUCAAAGUGGCAAUGCCCCGUCUGUCUCAAGAACUACUCUCUGGAUCAUGUCAUUAUAGAUCCAUAUUUCAAUCGGAUCACUUCUCAGCUGCAAACUUGUGGAGAAUUGGUUACAGAAAUUGAAGUGAAACCUAAUGGUUCUUGGCGUGCAAAGACAAAAGGGGAUCUGGGACAGUGGCACUUACCUGAUGGGACUCUUAUUUUAUCUCAGGAUAUAGUGUGAAAAAAAAAAAAACUUGGGAGUUCCGUAAAAUACAUACUACUAUAUUUUCGCAAAGAAUAUGUACAGAUUAUUUAGCAACACUAGAAUGUGAAUUAGCAAGUCUUUUAUAUCGGUGAACUUGGAGGAUAUUUUUAUUGGACUAAACUUUUCUUUUAUAGAAUAUAUUUUUGUUAUUUAUAUUUUUUAAUAUAUUCAAUUUUCUUUGAAAUGUUUCUAUUUCUAGUGGGUUCUACUGAGUUGUUUGCUUAAUAUGAUGCUUUUAUUUUGUGAGGUUCUAGAGGUCAGUUAAAUGGUAUUUAGCAUAUUUUGUUUAGCAAGUCUUUCCAUGAUUUUAGUAUCAUUUUUUAGUUCUGCUCGUCAAGUAAACAGGGACUUUAGAGAAAUUUUGGCGCCAAAAAACGAGGAAACAAGAAAACAGGAGGAAUAAUUGCUUCCAAAGAAAUGAUCCAAAUCAACAAAAAGGACUCUAAAAAAUAAAAAAUAAAAAAAAAGGGUUGAAAGGUAAGCACACCAACGUCUUUGCCUCUUUGGUCAAUAUUGUCCAUCUCUUAAAUAUUUUAUACACCCUUACAUAAAGGUAUUUAACAAA